AUUGUUGAAGUUAUCUAAACUAGUCUCAAGUCAUUCGUUUACGAACCCCUCUUUCUCACCCUCUUCCCCCCCUCCUCCUCCUCCUCCCUCACCUUCGCAGCUCGUAUUCCUCAUCCUCCUAUUCCUGUCCCCAAUAAAUAUAGCUAGUAGCCUCACGGGCUCCAGUUGUAUACCUACAUUUGAUUACUACCUCCACCACAACAUAAACAAACAGAUAACCCACCCGAACCACCACCACCACCACCGCAACCAUGUUCUGGUUCUCAUCCCACCAACAACAACAGCAACAACAGACUCCUCUCCUCCCACCCCUACCCACUUCGAAAUCCAAAAUCCGUAGAACCCUCAAAGCCCCCGGCCGUCCCAUCGCCAUCCGCAAAGACCAAAUCACCGACACCAAAACCCUUCUAAUCGUGCGUCCCCAAGGCGACGCCCAAUCCGCCGUGGCAUACAAAAUCCAAGAUGCCGACGGCAUAACGCUCUACACCGCUACGGGGCGCAAAUUCAGCGACCGACCCUGUCGCGAGUUUCGUGAUGCCUCGGGACUCCCGCUCUUUGAACUACACCGCAAGACCUCUUUCAAGAACAACUGGUCCGUCACCUUACCCGGCAGCAACCCAGCCAGUCCGAUAGCCAAAGGUGCUCUGCAGCGCUCAUCCUUCAGCGCCGCUGGCUGGGGGAACUGCAACUUCACCAUCACAUUCGACAAUGUAGCUGCGGCGGACGGGAAGCAGCCUGAGGAGCGUACCCUGACGUUGGAGGUGCAACGGCAUGGGAAUGUGUUGGCGCUGUUUGAUAUCGUGGAUGGGGAUCGCAAGAUCGCUGAGGUGAAGGAGAGUAUUCGCCAUAAUGAGAAGUUGGCGCUUAUGCCUGCGUCUCGGCUUGGGUAUCGCCCUGUUCUGGAUGUGAUUGUUACUCCCGGGGUAGAUAUGGCUUUGAUUGCAACGAUUGCGGUCAUCGCAUCAGACACAGUGUUUGCUUCGAAUUAUUGAUUGUGCGCGUUAUUGAAUUGUGGAUAUGUCGGAACGCCAUUAUGGUAACCAUGAGAUUAUGAACAUGAUGACUCUCUUUCUGUCUUUUUUCCCCUCUCUUCUAUUCGAUUUUUAUUUAUCACUCUAUUUUCUCAUCGUUCUAUUGUGGUCUUUUUCAUCGGUUGUGGGUACUUGAGUGGCUCGCUGGGCUGCGUUGAACCGCGGUUGACAGAUUCCAGGCGUUUGGAUGGUUUCCGGAGCUUCCCCCAAUGCUACCUAACUCUACCACUUCGUCAGUGGACCCAUACUUGGGUUCACAGUGGUUCUACUUGCUUGGCUCAUUCAAUUCUGUCUAAAGCUGUCACGCGGAUCAGCCCUUCCAGCGUCGGGAGUCUUCGGGUUUUGUUUACUUUACUUUUCUUUUUUUUAUUCUUUUGCUUUUUCAUUUCUAAUCUUGGAGUCGAGCUAAAAUGUAUAUAGUUGCGAUCGCUGAAAGUUUUCGUCAAAUCCAGUGAGGGGUAUUCUUAACUAGGAAAAAGCAAAUAAUCAAAGAUCAUCAUCCGUAGAUCGUGUGCCUUCACCGCAAGUGCAGCAAUUUCAGAAUAUCAUGGCGGCUGAAGAAUGAGCGAUUCCAUUUCCCGAAGAUAUCUAGAGACAACAUUAGUCCAUCCCCGGGCGACUAGAAGUAAUAGCAAGAAACACCUACACAUCGGAAUGCUCAAGGC